UAUUUUUAACAAAUCCUAGAAAACAAUAUGAGCACAUUUCUUUGCCUUGUCCUCAUAUUAUUCUGUCUGAUUUCAGCGGCCACAUCCGCCACUCUUACAGUGAACUGGUCCCUUGGCACCGACUACACUCUGCUUGCCACAGGAAAUACUUUUUCCGUUGGCGAUACCAUCGUGUUUAGUUAUAGUGCGGGUCACACGGUGGACGAAGUGAGCGAGAAUGACUACAAGAGCUGUACUUUAGGGAACUCCAUUAUAUCGGACAGCAGCGGAACAACGACCAUAGAUCUGAAGACCACUGGUCCUCGCUACUUCAUAUGUGGAAUCCCCGGCCAUUGUUCCACCGGUAUGAAGCUAGCAGUCACCGUCGCUUCAGCCCCAUCAACUAAUUUAGGUGGUGGCACCACCACGCCUACCCCUUUUACCGGAGGUAGUAGCACCACCACACCAACCCCUCUCACCGGAGGUGGUGGUUAUGUUCCCACGACCACACAGGCUAUUCCUUGUGGUUGUUGGGCCGUGUCUUCUCCAGUAUGGACUAUGAUUGUGACUUGGGCCGUUUGUCUUAUGCCUUGGAUUUGUCUUAGUUGAAAAUUUGUUGUAUGUGUGUUGGUUACCUAAAUGAAUCUUGAUAUAUACAUGUAGCAUGGUUUGUCUUAA